AUGGGCGAACAUAAUCUCCUUAAUCCUGGGUUUGUGGGACCGUUGGUGAACAUCCAUACGGGAGACACCUUCUACUUUCCCAAUUUCCGAGCCUCCGGAGGACAACUACCCGGCUUGCCGUCUCUCUCCUAUCCAAGACGGGACAAUGUCUGUUCUUUGCCCUGGGCAUCCUCAGAGCCCUGCAACGGAUAUCCCCAGCCCUACCUCAGCAGCCCCGUGUCCAUUAACCCUUCCUUCAGCCGAGCCUGCGACCUAGCUAGAGUGGAAGAGAGCAAGUGCUACUAUAGGGAGGCGUGCUCCGAGAACGCGCCCCUCAAAAGGGAAGAGAGAGUUAGGGACGCUGCCUUGAUGCCCCUCGAGUCGGGCAUCCCCAAUGGAAUGAGCGGCAAUUUCGGCAAAUUUGAUUAUCCGGCUCCCGAGGCGGCGGUGUCCCACGACCCCCCUUCUUGCCAGUCCUUGGAGUCAGACUCCAGCAGCUCCUUGCUCAAUGAAGGGAACAAGGGCGCAACCAACGAGCCGUCCGCACUGGUCUCCCCUCUCAACCAAGGAAGCAAUCUGUCCGCUGGGGGUGCCCCCUGGUAUCCGAUGCACACGAGGUCCCGCAAAAAGCGAAAACCCUAUUCGAAGCUGCAGCUAGCGGAGCUGGAGGGUGAGUUUAUGGUCAAUGAAUUCAUUACCCGCCAAAGAAGGAGAGAGCUUUCAGAUCGGCUAAACCUGAGUGACCAGCAGGUGAAGAUCUGGUUCCAGAACCGGCGGAUGAAGAAGAAAAGACUCCUGCUCAGAGAGCAAGCGCUUUCUUUCUUUUAG